UCUGCACGUUGCUGCUCUCGAGGAACCCGAUGUUUUUAAAAGGAACAUAUUCAAAUGUUCUGCUCUCAGUAGAUUUUUGACCGCGCUGUGAUGCAGACAUCGCUGGAAACCGAAGCCAAAGGCGUCUCUAGCAGCUGGUGAGACGUAUCAACAAUCGUAACAUCGUUGAUUAUCACUGGUGAAGGCUGUAAAGUGUAGAGUGUUUUUAAUUUUUCUGAAUAGGAUUUUUGAUAAUAAUUACCGCUCGGUGAGGAGUGAGAAGUGUGCUUCUUUGCAUCCAUCUAUCGGCGAUAGUGUUUCUGGUGCUAAUCGUUAUUGUGUGUUGGAACAGUGAUAGCGGCGGACGGCUACUUCUGAAUCACUUCUACCCGUUUCUUAGCUGAGCCAGUGAGUUGACAUCGGCAUAGACGUAUUCGAGGAGUCGUUUGGAUGUUUGAAAGAUUUCGGUUUUUUAUGAAACAGGCAACGGCCAGGUACUGACCGCGAAGUUCGAUUAUUCGGCCGUGUUAUCGCCGACCUCUCAAUAGAGCUCAGUGUUAAAUGAUUGUGUGUUUAUUUUGGCGCCAGCUGACGGACGUUUUCGAGUUUUGAUUGGUCCGAGGUUAACAUUAGUCUGGAUGAAUGAGUGAUCGUUGGCAGUAAAGGGAAUUACUCGGGAUAGGGGAACUCCCCUUCCCCAAAUAACUCCAGACGAAAUCUAUACGGAGAAGGAAUCCAACAUCAAGUGCACAAAACAAACAAGAAACGAAGUGAAUGAAGUGCAACUAAUCAGGAAAGCGUAGUACGAAGAAUCUUAUCACACAGAGUGUUAAAGUGUUGAAAAAAACAGUGUGAGUGAUCUUUAGAAACACAGUUCUACAGGACCAGCAAUACAAUGGCAACGCUCCUCUACACGAUCAUUGGCAUGACGGCCAGUGCGUCGUUGAACUGUGCAGUCCGGCGGGAGAUAUCGCCCUGUACCUGUUCGCCGCAUGGCUUCUUCGCCAAUACCAUCGAGGUGAAGUGCGAACAGAUGGAGUCCUUCCAUCAGGUGGUGGAUGCUCUGCAGGAUCGCUUCACGCCCGAUUACAACAUCUGGCUGACGAUAUCGCACUCGCAGCUGCUGGACAUGGCUACGCAAUCAUUCUACGAGAUGAACAUGAACAUCAAGACGCUCAAGAUGAACUUUGAUAAUUUGAGCCAGCUACCGGUAUCAACGUUUCAGAAUCUUGCAAGGUUAGAGUACUUCAGUGCAGCGGAGAAUCGACUGGAGGAAAUUCCGGCGGACAUGUUCCAACAUAUGCCGAAUGUUGGGACAUUAGAUUUCGCUAAAGGGAAUCUACGGUUCAUCAAUGGAGACACGUUCAAGCAGUUGCAGAACCUGAGGCAUCUGAUCGUGGCAUCCAAUUUGCUACAGCGGAUCGAUACCGAUUCCAUGCCGCGCACGUUGAUCUCUCUACAUUAUGGACACAACAAUUUGACCUCUCUGAACGGCACCCUACGACACUUAGAUGAACUGAAGUUGCUGUUCAUCAACGACAACCACCUGACUUCACUGGACGACGAACUACCAUUGGCUUCUCCCAACUUGAUCACCAUCUUCGCACAAAACAACAAAAUUGAUCACCUCCCGGUUGAAAUUAAAUAUCUCAAAAACUUGGACUCACUAUUCAUCAACAGCAAUGAGUUGCAAUCUUUCGAUGGACUCUUGUCACGAUCGGCCCAUCUUACAAAGCUGGUAGCCGUCGACAACAAAAUUACUCAUUUGAGAAGAGAUGAAUUCUCGGAAGCUGAACGACUAGAGGAUCUCCAAUUAUCGGAGAAUAAACUUACUAGUCUGAACGGUUCAUUGCUGAACAUGAAGGGCUUGAUCAUGGCAAACUUCAGUUUCAACCGGUUGAAUGAAUUCUCGCUACAGGAGGUGCAAGGACUCAGAAAACUAAGGAUUUUGGAUCUGUCCCAUAACCGAAUAGAGAAGCUUAUCGGACGAAUGGAAAAUCUCGUGGACUCCGGUUCGAUAAUCUACGAACUGAGGUUGCAGCACAACUUGAUCAAAUCACUCGACGGUACGCUGAUGGGACUGAACAACUUGAAGAUCCUCAACGUGGCCCACAACAGACUGGAAAUGAUUACACCCGAUGAUCUCAUUGGCAUGGAGAACCUGGAACAUCUGGAUCUGUCGUUCAACAAGCUUAAGACGCUGGAGGAACUGUCCAAGACCUUCCUCCCUUCGCUACAAUCGGUAAACGCAUCCUACAAUCUGUUGACCACAAUGGACAAAGAUUUCCACGGAUUGCCAGUACUAUGUACGGCCGAUUUAUCCAACAACAUGAUCCGAGUGCUUUCGGUUGAGCUGGUCUCGCAGACAAGAUGCAGCAAUCAUGGAGUACCGAACAAGCUGGAAAUUUUCUUACAAGAGAAUCCUGUCCUCUGCGACGAAUCCCUGCCGGAGUUGGUAUCCCAGAUGGAGUCCUAUCACACCCGGCUGAUUGGAAUCGCACACUGCAUCGUACCCCAACAGAUACCAAUAGAUUCGCCCAUUUUCAUGCAGCCGCCAAUUCCGUUGCUGAAGCCAUUGAUGAAACCUCAGCUGCCGAUGGUACCGGCUCCAGUAAUGAUUCAACAACCAUCGAUCGUGCAAAUACUGGUGCCAGCCCCAUUAGUAGUCCAGCCACCAGCCUUUGCAGAUGCUGCAGCAGGACUUGUUCAACCCGUUCCGUCGGUGCAAGGCAUCCAAGAUCUACAGCAGCCUCCAGUUGCAUCCCCUCCACAAAUCGCACAUAUCCCACAACAACAACCUUACGACGAACUGAAGUAUGAUGCCCAACCGGAAAUAGCAGCCGAAUCAGAAACCUACGCCCCUCCCCCGGAGGAAAAUGAUAUAGCGAAAAUCAUUACGCCCACAAGUACGACGAUGAAAACCAUUCUCGAAUUUAAGAACAUUAUUCACGACACUUUCUCGGCGAUACCGCCAGAGGUUUAUCCCCUGCCGCUAGAUAAGGCUCAAGGUCUUGCAACGGAACCGGAAGAACCACCGGAAACGCAGCAAGAUCAAGGCGUAGAUGUAGACGAACAUUGAGCAUUAUAGGAAUAGCUUAUUUUUCCUUUUAGGUAUUAAAACAAGCUUGCUUCAAGUUUGAUCACAGAGCAAAGGCAAGCAAGCUAGAUACAAUUCCACACGCUUUCGACACUAUUGACAUAUAGGAAAGUAAAAAAUACAAUGCAAAUCAAAUAUAUAAAAGUUUGAUUUAACAAUGCAUAAUAUGGCAUCGUAGAGUAUAUUUUUGAAACUAUGUCUGUCAAUGUUACGAAAAAAUAACCUUGGCAAAUCGUAGCAUGGCUCUAGCACUGAUUAAGUGAUAUCUGUUCGUUGUCUUUUUGAUCUUCAGAGCUACUGUAGAUUUGGCAAUGCAAUGUUUCUUCAUGGGUGAACGCUUCGCGCUAUCCCCAUUUAGCGCUGGGAGACUCUGGUCUUCAUUAAUGAAAACGAUCGAUCAAAGCUAGUUGUAGUUGUUGAACCUCUAAGCAAUGCACAAAUGUUUAGAGUAAAUGUCAGUCGUAGUAAUUACUCCAGGUUUCUCUCACUCUAUAACAUGUUUGACGUACAUUUUACACAUGACAUAAUUAUUGUUUUAAAAAACUUAGAGACUAUUCUUGUUAACUGGAGAAGCUAGGAUAAGGUUAAUAUGAAUCAUCAUAUACAUUAAAUAUAUGUGCCAUUUAAAAUGUAUAGUUCCAACUGUGACCGUCUUUCUAUCAAUAUUACUUUACAUUCACACGACUUCCUCAAACAUCCUCAAUGCCGUUACUAUCAAUUUGUAUUUAUUAACAACUAAUCAAAUGGGGCGCAAAAAGCAAAAAAAAUCUUUAGGAAGAACCCCUGCUAAGAACUCUGGUAGAUUUAAUCCAACAGCAUCAUUUCAUGACAUUUAACUCCACGUGAUUUCUUCUAUGCUAACAUGUGGAACACAAGAUAACGAAAAUAAUUGUAAGAAAAGUAUUUCACAAUGACAGCACUGUAUGUAGAUUGUUCGAGCAAUGACUACAAGGUUCAAAAGAGAAGGAUAAAGCAUGACGGAAAUGAUACAUCAUGAUUGAAUAUCGAUUUUGUACGGAGUGAGCAGUAAGAGAUUGGAUGAUUAAAAUCAGUAGUACAACCUUUCACACUAUAUAAAACAUAUGGGAUCUGUACGAUGUAGUGCAUAGUUGCAAAUAAAAAGUCACAAAUUUACACAA